AAGCACAAAAAACAGGAAAUGAGAGACUGUUUUGAAGGCUUUCUGAGUAAACUGGUUUAAUAGUGCUUGUGUUUAUGAGAGACACAUGCAAAUAUAGUCUAUUUAUUCCAAUGAGGAAGGAUAUAUCUUGAAAAUAAAGCCACUGGAAGGUAAGUGUGGGUUGAAUUGACCUCAUGAAAAAAGUUAAUUAGAGAAAUGCAACUUUAUUGUAGAUCUAAAAAUGUAAAACCUGACAGUCGUUAAAUGAAAAUGAGCUUUUAUGUACCAUAGGUUUUGAAUUCAAUAGUUGAAAUCAAAUGGAAGUUUGUUAAGCGAGAAUCACAGUUGUAAGUUACCAAGGGACGGAAGUGGCAGUUACGCACCUUGUGUAAAUGUUUAAAGUUAGGAUCAGCACUCAUCUCAAGUUAAGGCUUUUUCAAAGCUCCAAGGUACAAAUUAAAGGACUCCCAGGUCUCUGCUUUUCCAGCAUCCUCGACUUUCCGAUCCUUAAUGAGCAAAGCCAAUCACCAAUCUGGGCUUGGUUUCUUUUGAAGGCAUGACAACAUAGAUUUGCGAGUCACUGAAGCAUAAAAGUAAAGAGACAAAAACCACAUCAGCUUCUAGCUCUCAUUCACACACACGUAUGGAAAGAGAGACAGCUUUUUCUCUAAGAGACAGCACAAGUUUCAGAUACGUUUCUAAAAUACAUUUUUAUUCAGAAAGAUGGGGAACGUUGCACUUUGGACCCUUGUCAUCAGGAUAUUAAUCUCCAUCCUAGGGAUCAUAGGUAAUACAGCACUAAUCCUGUCCCUAGUUCAAAAACAGAUCAUCAAGCUAAAGACCUUUGAAGUGCUUCUCCUUGGCCUGUCGGUCUCCAACUUGGAGGAGAUCUUCAUCGUGGAUAUCUAUGACAUUCUUGUGGUGCACGUUUCCAUCAGUCUGAACGUAUGGGCCUGCUGCUCUCUGAAGUUCCUGACAGUGGUUGGUGAGGUGGCUAGCAUCCUGUUCACUGUCCUCAUCAGUGUCUUCCGCUACCAGAAACUCAGAGAUGCAGAGACCAGGGUCAACCUUCCCAUCUUCCUGGACAACAUUCGUUACGCCUGGGCCAUGAGUGGGCUCUGUGUGACGUUGGCGUUGCUACUGGCAGCCCCCACUUACGUGAUGAACCUGGAUGGACAGAUGAAAAACAUCACUGGCACCCAAAAAUGCCCACCAGACUUCUUCCUGUGCUAUAGGGAUAACUGCCCAACCAUAAACCGUUUAUACAAAUACCUGUUUGUCAUCUUCAGCAUCCUUCUGCCUCUCCUGGUCAUCACCGUCAGCAGUUGCCUCAUCAUAAAGGUUCUUCUGGGGCAGAAGAGGAUGGUGAAGCCCGGGUUGGGAGCCCCAGGGUUGGAGCAGGAGCCAAAAAGGAAGAACAAAAGCCCUCGGAUUCACAGGGGUACGGUGGCCAUCUUGGCAGCCAUGGCGCUGUUUCAGAUCGACUGGACCUUGUACCUAGUCCUCCAUCUGGGAUACAGCCCCUAUGACUUCCCUGCUUGGUCUGAGUUGGAAUUCUUGAUCUCCACAGCCUACACCACAAUCAGUCCUUAUGUAUAUGGGAUAGGGAAUAAUCUCUUUACUUUGAAAAAAUUUAGGAGGUAGUGGCGGCUUCUUUGUCCACGCUUUUGGACAAAUAGGUAUUUUUUAGCUCUUGGGGUGUAUCGGGUGGCAUUUACUUAAAAGUGUAGAGUAAGUGUGGUAUCUAAGUAAAUAGCCUACUUUUAUGUUCCAUGGGUGGUUGUGUUAACGUUCUUGUGUUUGUGCCCCCUGCCUGAGAAUUUUGAGGCCAUAGUACGAAUACAAUUUGCAUUGUGGUCUGUGGGUAAACAUUUAGGUUGGUUUGCAAUUCAGCUGAAUGUGCUUAGCUGUUUUCCGCUUUGUGGAAAAUAAACGUAGCUAAUG